AUGGCUUCCCACGCUGAUUUCAAAGAUCGCCAAUUCCUGGCUGUGAUUGGCGAUGAGGACUCGGUAACAGGCUUACUUCUGGCUGGCAUCGGGCAUGUCACAACCGGCUCCGAUGCACAGAAGAACUUCCUCAUCGUCGACAACAAGACUGAGACGGCUGCGAUCGAAUCUGCGUUUGACCGAUUCACCGAACGAAAAGACAUUGGCAUCGUGUUGAUCAACCAGCAUGUUGCUGAUAAAAUACGGCAUCGAGUGGACACUUACACCGCGGCCUUCCCAACGGUUCUGGAGAUUCCUAGCAAAGACCACCCCUACGACCCAGAGAAAGACAGUGUGCUGAGGCGAGUGCGCCGCUUGUUCGGAGAAUAA